AUGAACCUGCGUAGCAGAAACGUGUCACAGUUGAUCUCGAACACUGUCAGAGCCAUUACCGCUCUGGAGUCCAACACCUGGCCUUCACGUGGAUUGGAGGAAAUCACUCUCCGAAUCAAUAACGUGACGAGCCCGGGGUGUCACAAAGGCAUUGACGCACAGUUGGGGAACUUGUCUUAUCGUAACGUUGCAGGAGUAUACGCUGAGGAGGGCACCAGGAUUUACGGGUCUCAGUGUCCUCCCCAAGAGAUGGCAGUGGAGAAGAACUGGGCGGCUUUGCUGAUUUUAGUUGUCAUCGCUGUCACGGUCAUGGGCAACAUCCUGGUGAUCCUGGCAGUCUCCCUGGAGAAGAAGCUUCAGAACGCUACAAACUAUUUCUUGAUGUCGCUGGCAGUUGCUGACAUGCUCCUGGGCAUCUUGGUCAUGCCGGUUUCCAUGGUGACCAUUCUCUACGAUUAUGGGUGGCCGCUGCCCUCUGACCUUUGUCCCAUAUGGAUCUACCUGGAUGUCCUGUUCUCCACAGCGUCCAUCAUGCACCUCUGCGCCAUCUCUCUGGAUCGUUACAUCGGCAUUCGAAACCCGAUCUACCACAGCCGCUUCAACUCCCACACCAAGGCCCGCAUCAAGAUCAUGGCGGUGUGGACGAUUUCAGUGGGGAUCUCCAUGCCCAUUCCUGUGCUGGGACUCAGAGACCACUCCAAGGUCUUCAAAGAUGGCAGCUGCCUGCUGACAGAUAACAACUUCGUGCUGGUUGGGUCCUUCGUGGCCUUCUUCGUGCCCCUCACCAUCAUGGUCGUCACCUACUUCCUGACCAUCAACGCCCUGCAGAACGAAGCCACCCUCUGCUUAGACCAGCUGGUCCCACGGCCCAAAUGGAGCACGACAUUCACUUUGAGCUUCUUACCGCAAACCUCGCUGUCCUCUGAGAAACUCUUCAGACGUUCGAUAAGCCGUGAGGCGGGUGGCAGAGGAAGCAGCGGAGGUCUGGGAGGCGCCCGCGGGAGUGUCUCCGGCUCGCUGUUUGGUCGCCGCACCAUGCAGUCAAUCAGCAACGAGCAGAAGGCGUCUAAGGUCCUCGGGGUGGUGUUUUUUCUCUUUGUGGUCAUGUGGUGCCCGUUUUUCAUUACCAAUGUGCUGGUGGUGGUGUGUGACCCGGCGACGUGUGACGCAGGACUCAUGGGAGGCCUGCUGAACGUUUUCGUCUGGGUGGGAUACUUGUCGUCCGCAGUCAAUCCAUUGGUCUACACACUUUUUAAUAAAACAUACCGAGCGGCAUUCCUGCGCUACGUUCGCUGCCAGUACCAGUCAGAGAAGAAGCCUCUUCAGCUCAUACUGGUUAACACUAUCCCGCCGAUGGCUUACAACUCAACCCAGCUGCCCCUGGGCGACAUCGGGAAGUUACGAAACGGAGCGAUGCACUCUAGUGGCACAGUGAAGGACUUCUCUUUACCUGGACAGGAAACGGAGAAGUGUAGGCUGGACAAGAGUCAUAGUGACGGGGAUGAGAGCUGUGUGUGAGCACGUCCGAGACUGUAAUAAAAAACCCUGCUUCAGGGUCGGACCUGUGGAGUCCACAGAGUAGAUAAAACUUUUAACUUCUGUGGUCACAUCAUACUUGGGAGCGAAGGGUUUGUGGUUUAAAGUCAAAGUACCAAAGACAAAGUGCCUCCCAGUCAGGAUUUUAGAAAAACUUACCCAACCUCUAAAGAAAUAGAAAAUAUCCGACUUCUGAUCCAUGUCUCAUCAACAGGGUCUGGAUCAGCUGAAUCAAGUUUGUGAGUUCCUUAUUACAACAAAAACACCUUUUGAUACACCUUACUCAAACACAAAAUCAGUCAGUCCUUGUUCCAUGGCUUAAAAUCUCUACUGUCUUUGGUCUCAGUGCUGUUUCAGAGCCUCUGCUACACUGCCAGCAAAUGAAAUUAGUCUAUUUUAUUUUAUUUUAAAGGUAUUGAGUCUAUCAAUAUCUUCCAGUUCGAGAGCAAAUGAGAUGGAUGCAAAGGAGGGGAAGUCCAUGUGAAUGAUAAGACACACUCUACAAAAAGUGAUAUCAUUUACCCAUUUUGUAAUAAACUGAAGACGAAAGAGGUAAACACAUUCAUAGAUUCUUCUCAUUAUUUGAUUUUUCACGGAUGCUCAGCUGCAGUGACUUCGGCAACCCCUUCAUUUCACCGACUGCCUGGCAUCGGUUAGGUGGCCUCUACCUCCCAUUGGGUGGAUCAGCAGGGAUUAGAGUGGAUUUCCUGAAACCUUAUCAGAUGUUAGUGUCAGGGGAGGCAGCUCCAGGAUGAGCCUGACACAGACUCCAGACACUUUGGCAGCUUUAUCUGACCUCUGCAAAUGGGAAGGAAAGCUGCUUCACCUGUGUGUUCUGUUGGUAACUAGCAACUAACAAGGCUGGUAAAUUACAAGGAGAAUAAAUAUGUCUGACAGCAGAUGCUCAAAAGAUAAUGAU